AUGCUGGAGCUCGGACCGAGAUGGCUGAGGCUGAUCUUUUUGUUGGCCGUGUGCUUGUUUCUCUGCCUGCCGAAGGAAUCAAAUGCCAGGAGAGCCCCCAAGAUACCCCGCUGUCCUGCGACCUGCUCCUGCACCAAAGACAGCGCCUUCUGUGUGGAUACCAAGGCUAUACCAAAGAGCUUCCCACCUGGAAUCAUCUCUCUGACGAUGGUGAACGCAGCCUUUACAACAAUCCCAGAAGGAGCUUUCUCACAUCUUCACCUGCUGCAGUUCCUGCUCUUGAACUCCAACACAUUCACCAAAAUUGCUGAUGAUGCCUUUGCUGGUCUGUCUAACCUACAGUACCUGUUCAUUGAGAAUAAUGACAUCCAGACUCUCUCAAAGUAUACCUUCCGAGGCCUCAAAUCCCUGACUCACCUAUCUCUCUCAAACAACAACCUGCAGCAGAUGCCGAGAGAUCUCUUCAAACAUCUAGACAUCCUCACGGAUUUAGACCUCAGGGGGAACUCUUUCCACUGUGACUGUAAAAUCAAGUGGUUGGUAGACUGGAUGGAAAAGACAAACACUUCUGUUCCUGCCAUCUACUGUGCCAGCCCCUUUGAAUUCCAGGGACGCAGAAUUCAUGAUCUGUUACCACGAGAUUUCAACUGCAUCAGCGCAGAUUUUGCUGUUUAUGAAACUUUCCCCUUCCACUCUGUGUCGGUUGAGUCUUAUGAGUUCAAUGGAGAUCAGUUUGUGGUCUUUGCUCAGCCUGAAUCAGGUUUCUGUACCCUGUAUAUAUGGGAUCACGUGGAAAUGGUCUUCAGGACGUAUCACAACAUUACGUCUCGUUCUGCUGUGUACUGCAAACCAGUGGUGAUAGACAACACUCUUUACAUGGUUGUGGCUCAACUUUUUGGUGGAUCUCAUAUCUACAAGUGGGAAGAGGACCCACAGCGCUUUGUAAAGAUCCAAGACAUUGACACCACUCGGGUGAGGAAGCCCAACUUCGUGGAGACCUUCCAGCUGGAUGAAGAGUGGUAUUUUAUAGUAGCAGAUAGCUCCAAGGCUGGCUCAACCAGUAUUUAUCGGUGGAACAGCAAUGGCUUCUACUCCCACCAAUCUCUCCAUCCCUGGCAUCGUGACACCCAUGUGGAGUUCCUUGAUGUUGCGGGAAAGGCUCACCUCAUCCUCUCCAGUGCCUCUCAGCCACCGGUGGUUUACCAGUGGAACCGUAGCCAGAAGCAGUUUGCUUUCUAUUCCCAAAUCACAGAGUUAGCUGACGUGCAGAUGGUUAAGCACUUUUGGGUGAGGAAAGUUCUUUACCUUUGCCUCACACGCUUCAUCGGCGACUCCAAGAUCCUCCGCUGGGAAGGGCAGCGUUUCAUUGAGAUACAGACUCUUCCCUCUCGGGGGUCAAUGGCAGUGUAUCCCUUCACAGUGGGCCUCCGCCAGUACCUACUCCUUGGAAGUGAUUUCUCCUUCUCCAGAGUUUACUUGUGGGAUGACCUCACGCAACGCUUUCAGCCCUUCCAGGAGCUCAACAUGAGAGCCCCACGGGCGUUCAGCUUGUUAUCAGUUGACAAUAAAGACAUCCUGAUGGCCGCCAGCUUCAAAGGCAACACCCUGGCCUACCAGCACCUGGUGGUAGAUCUGAGUGCCAAGUAG